CAUUUACGCAAGAUCAAAAAGGAAAAUUCUUUCCUCUUUUUUUUUUUUUUUUUCCUGGGAGAAUUCUUGUUUUGUUCCUGAAAAAUCACUUUUUUCUUUCUUUCUCUCUUCUUGGUGAACUGGUCUUGCUGAAAAAGGUUUCCUCUCUAUCUAUGUAAGCACUUCUCACUACGGAAUCUUAAACCAUCUGAUUUUGGAAAGAAAGAAAAAAAUAUCCAACUUUGGUUGUUUUCAGUCCGACCAUCUCUGCAACGUCGUACUUGAGCAGAAACACUAUCUUAAAACAAUUUCUCUUGUCUUCUUCACUAGUGAUACUCUGUCUCUCUCUCUUCUUCCAGUCACAGUCACAAUCGUCUAUGUCAAACUUAGGUUAUACUCUUUGUUUUCUUCUUGAACAAGAUUCCAAGCUCUGGAGGAAUUGAGCACAGUAAAUGAAUCAGAACAAGUCAGAAGAAGAUCCUUACUCCUUUGAGUAUCAUCAAUCUCUAUAAAGCCUCUGAUCGAAACACUCGGUGUGGAAAUGAAGCUGUUAUCGUUAAUCCUCUGUUUCUCCGCAACUCUUAUAGUGGUGACCACUCAUGGCAAAAGGCUAAUCAGCGACGAAAACAACUCCUACGAAACUGCUCUGUUAACGGCGUUCAAGCAAACCUCCGUCAAGUCUGAUCCUAACAACAUCCUCGGUAACUGGAAACACGUGUCGGGCCGUGGCUCCUGCUCCUGCUCCUGCUCCUGGCGAGGCGUUUCUUGCUCUGUCUACGGUCGAGUCAUCGGGCUAGACCUAAGAAACGGCGGACUCACCGGAACCCUAAACCUAGUUAACCUCACGGCGUUACCUAGUCUCCAGAAUCUUUACCUACAAGGAAACGAUUUCUCUUCUGGUUCUGUUUCCUCCUCCUCCGGCUGCUAUCUUCAGAAUCUUGAUUUGUCGUCGAACUCGUUAUCCGAUUACUCAAUCGUCGAUUACGUCUUCUCGACAUGUACCAAUCUCGUUUACGUGAAUUUCUCGAACAACAAGCUCACCGGAAAGCUAGGCUCUCCCCCGUCGUCUAAAUCCCUGACGACCGUUGAUCUCUCAUACAACAUCUUAUCCGAGGACAUCCCGGAGAGUUUCAUCCCCGCGUCGCUGAAAUACCUCGACCUAACUCACAACAACUUCUCCGGCGAUCUCUCCUUCCGGUUCUGCGGCAACCUCACCUUCCUCAGCCUCUCGCAGAACAACAUCUCCGGCGAUCACUUUCCUCUUUCUCUAACCAACUGCAAACUCCUCGAGACGUUGAACAUCUCCCGGAACAACCUCGCCGGAAAAAUCCCCGGCGGCGGAGAGUACUGGGGAAGCUUCCAGAAUCUGAAACACCUCUCUCUCGCUCACAACCGUUUCUCCGGCGAAAUCCCGCCGGAGCUUUCUCGACUCUGCAGAACGCUGGAGACUCUCGAUCUCUCCGGAAACUCUCUCUCCGGCGAGCUUCCUCCGCCGUUCGCGGCCUGCGCCUCGUUACAGAGCCUUAACCUCGGAAACAACUUCCUCUCCGGCGAGUUCUUAACCACCGUCGUGAGUAAAAUCGAGGGGAUCGCGUAUCUGUACGUGGCUUACAACAACAUCUCGGGCUCUGUUCCGAGUUCGCUCACCAACUGUACGAACCUCCGUGUUCUUGAUCUAAGCUCGAAUGGCUUCACAGGGAACGUUCCCUCUGGUUUCUGCUCUCUCCAAAGCUAUUCACCGCUUCUUGAAAAGCUUCUCAUGGCUAAUAACUACCUCUCAGGAACAGUUCCUAUGGAGCUCGGCAAGUGCAAGAGCUUGAAGACGAUCGACCUCAGCUUCAACGCUCUCACGGGACCUAUUCCGAAUGAGAUAUGGAUGUUGCCGAACCUCUCUGACUUGGUCAUGUGGGCGAACAACCUCACCGGUAGAAUCCCGGAAGGUGUUUGCGUCAAAGGAGGGAACUUGGAGACUCUCAUCCUCAACAACAAUCUCUUAACCGGUUCAAUCCCUGACUCAAUCUCCAAAUGCACCAACAUGAUAUGGAUCUCUCUUUCAAGCAACCGGUUGACCGGGACCAUCCCUACCGGAAUCGGUUAUCUUACCAAACUAGCAAUCUUGCAGCUCGGGAACAACUCCUUGUCCGGGAGCGUCCCACCUCACCUAGGGGACUGCAAGAGCCUAAUCUGGCUCGAUCUCAACAGCAACAAUCUAACCGGGCCACUCCCUGGCGAGCUAGCUAGCCAGGCCGGGCUAGUAAUGCCAGGGAGUGUUUCAGGUAAACAGUUUGCGUUUGUGAGGAACGAAGGCGGUACUGAUUGCAGAGGUGCGGGAGGACUAGUUGAGUUUGAAGACAUUCGUGCUGAACGGCUGGAGCGGUUUCCGAUGGUUCAUUCGUGUCCCGCGACGCGGAUAUACUCUGGCAUGACAAUGUAUACUUUCUCUGCAAACGGAAGCAUGAUCUACUUCGACGUCUCGUACAACUCUGUGUCCGGUUUUAUACCUCCCAGUUAUGGUAACAUGGGGUACCUCCAGGUCUUGAAUUUGGGACAUAACCGGUUAACCGGAACCAUACCGGACAGUCUUGGAGGACUGAAAGCUAUUGGUGUUCUUGAUCUCUCUCACAAUGAUAUUCAAGGGUACAUCCCCGGGUCGCUCGGAUCGCUUUCUUUCCUAAGCGAUCUUGAUGUCUCUAACAACAACCUCACCGGUCCGAUCCCAUUUGGUGGCCAGCUAACAACGUUCCCUGUCACAAGAUACGCAAACAACUCCGGCCUCUGCGGCGUUCCUUUGCAUCCCUGCGGGUCUGCUCCUCGGCGGCCGCCCGUUACAGCCCAAGUCCACUCCAAGAAGCAGACCGUUGCAACCGCUGUGAUCGCUGGAAUCGCGUUUUCCUUCAUGUGUCUUGUGAUGCUAGUCAUGGCACUUUACAGGGCGUGGAAAGUUCAGAAGAAGGAACAGAAGAGGGAGAAGUUCAUUGAGAGCCUUCCCACUUCUGGAAGCUGUAGCUGGAAGCUCUCUAGCGUCCCUGAGCCGCUUAGCAUCAACGUUGCCACGUUCGAGAAGCCGCUGAGAAAACUCACUUUCGCGCAUCUUCUUGAAGCCACAAACGGGUUUAGCGCAGAGACUAUGAUCGGUUCUGGCGGGUUCGGAGAAGUCUACAAGGCUCAGCUCAAAGACGGGUCAACGGUAGCCAUCAAGAAGCUGAUCCGAAUCACGGGGCAAGGCGAUAGAGAGUUCAUGGCAGAGAUGGAAACAAUCGGUAAAAUCAAACACAGAAACUUGGUUCCUCUUUUGGGAUACUGCAAGAUCGGCGAAGAGAGGCUUCUUGUCUAUGAGUACAUGAAAUGGGGAAGCUUAGAAACUGUUCUUCACGAGGUAUCAAGAAAAGGCGGCGUGUUUCUAAACUGGGCCGCGAGGAAGAAGAUCGCGGUUGGAGCUGCAAGAGGUCUAGCGUUCCUGCAUCAUAGCUGCAUUCCUCACAUAAUACACAGAGACAUGAAGUCUAGCAACGUUCUUCUCGACGAAAACUUGGAAGCACGUGUCUCGGACUUCGGUAUGGCGAGGCUGGUUAGCGCGCUAGACACACAUCUGAGCGUGAGCACGCUGGCAGGUACUCCAGGGUACGUUCCGCCGGAGUAUUACCAGAGUUUCCGGUGUACAGCUAAAGGGGAUGUUUACAGCUACGGAGUGAUACUUCUUGAGCUUCUCUCUGGUAAGAAACCGAUCGAUCCAGGGGAGUUUGGAGAAGACAAUAACCUUGUCGGGUGGGCGAAACAGCUCUACAGAGAGAAAAGAGGAGUUGAGAUUCUCGACCAGGAGCUUGUAACAGAGAAAUCAGGAGACGUUGAGCUGUUUCAUUACUUGAAGAUCGCGUCUCAGUGUUUGGACGAUCGACCGUUUAAGCGGCCAACAAUGAUACAAGUGAUGGCCAUGUUCAAAGAGCUUAAGGCUGAUCCAGCAGAGGAAGACGAUAGUCUUGAUGAGUUUUCGCUUAAGGAAACUCCGUUGGUGGAAGAGUCACGAGAUAAGGAGCCUUAAGAUAUAGAGGAAUCAGAUGCUAUGUUCUAAAUUUUGGCGUCAGUGUGUAUAUAACUGAAGAAGCUCCAG